AUGGCGGACUGGUUUGCUGCCUUGCCGCCUUGCCAAUCGGUGUUUGGAUGGAGGCUAAUGCAUAGAAAACUGCCCUAUGAUGAGAUGGUGAAAAGUAAAGGAGUGUCGCUGCCUUCCAACUGUGAGCUUUGCUCCAAGGCGGAGGAGUCUUUCCUGCACUUGUUCUUGGAGUGUGAAGGGGUUGCUUAUAUUUGGAGUGCCUUUGCAGAGGUUUUCAGGUUUUCAUGGCCAAAUCAAUGGACAGAUUUUCCAGAGCAUGUUACAUGGUGGACCCAAAGGUCUAGCACUACUGGCAUAUCUCAGGUUCAACUACAUCCAAGGGUGAUAUUGAGGCUCUAA